UUUCGACCUGGUGAAUUCUCGCAGGCGUCUUUUUUCCAAUCGAGACUUCUCUUUCGGAACACCAGCGACUCUUGACACCCCGUCCCCCCAUUCCCCUUAAUCGGCACAAAACACCCACCAACACAACACCGCCAAAAUGGGUCGUCUUCACAGCAACGGAAAGGGCAUCUCAUCCUCCGCGAUCCCGUACUCGCGCAACCCGCCUACGUGGCUCAAGACCACCCCCGAGCAGGUCGUCGACCAAAUAUGCAAGCUUGCCAAGAAGGGCGUGACCCCCUCGCAGAUCGGUGUCAUUCUCCGUGACUCGCACGGAAUUGCCCAGGUCAAGGUCGUCACCGGCAACAAGAUCCUUCGGAUCCUCAAGGGACAGGGCCUCGCUCCCGCGAUCCCGGAAGACAUCUACAACCUUAUCAAGAAGGCUGUCGCCGUCCGUAAGCACCUUGAGCGCAACCGCAAGGACAAGGACUCCAAGUUCCGCCUGAUUCUGAUCGAGUCGCGUAUUCACCGUCUGGCCCGUUACUACAAGACCGUCGGUGUCCUGCCGCCCACGUGGAAGUACGAGUCUUCCACCGCCAGCACCAUCGUCGCCUAAGCGUGCCUAGGUACGCGUAGCAACGCCAGAUGAUGUGCCGUGCCGAGAAAGAAUGAGACAUGUGCGUGUCGGGGUUCUGCCUCUUUUGCGCAAAAUCAAAGCAGCUUGGCCGCCUCCGGUAUCACGCCUGUGGCCAUUGGAGUUCGUGGAUUGGAAGGUAGCUUGCAUUCUAGAGCGAUUUGCAAGGCAAAUUUGCUCCGGGACGGGAAAAUUCUCGAGCGUAGACCCUUGGGGGAGUGGUGAUGACUAGGAGGAGAUAAAUGAAAU